AUGGUGAAAUCGCAAGCGGCUCAAUUUGUGAGCUAUAAUACACCUGAUCUUGCUCAUCCAACAUUCUUCUUGCUCAUGCGAAAUUCACUGCUUGGAGAUGCAAUAAUCCUGCUGGUCGAAUCCGAAACUGUGUUUGGGGUCUACGUUGAGCCACCGACGGUGGAAACGUUCUUUGGAUUGUCCGUGACAAUUUUGUUCUGGACAUGCCAGCCUUCAAAGAACUGCCGAAAUACGAGGUGCUUUGUCUCGCCGAGGUACUUUAUUAAUCUUCUUUUCUAG